CUGCACUAUUGAGCAACACUAGCUGGUCUGACAAUUUGCAGCCAGUUUUGGCGGUGCCGUGCCAUAUCCGAUCUGUACUGGUCACGAGGGACUUCUCGGACUUGUUGCCAGAUUGGCCAGCGCUGCGUGAGGCGUAGUAACACUGCCUACACUCUCUCCUCCACCUGCUUCCUCCAUCCAUCCUAAUCAAAGGUUCGCAAGAUGGAUCAGUCUACUUCGAAUCGAGAUCUGGUAUCAGACUCUCGAUACAGAUCUCCACAUAAAAGGAAGCAUGGAAACUCGCUCGCCACUCCCGUUAAGAACACACGCGCGAAGCCAACCCCUAAAUCGGGAAAGAAGACGAAAAACGCCGCUGGUCUAACAGACGAUGCUCCUCCUGUUAUUUCACCCUCAAAGGGCAAAUCCUCUAGAGUCAAGAAGACUUCAACUGCUUCCACUGAGGAACGUCGACUGAGGAGGUUUCGCAGUGCCCCUCCAAAGAGUUAUCGUGAACGCUUAGAUCGUGCAAUUAGCCAGCGAAUGUUCGUGGUCGGACAGACCGUCACCGGCACAGACGAGAACCCUGAUCUAGGGUUCGAUAUCGUCGGGUCAACUGGUAACAUUUACAAGACGGUUAUCAGGAAGGAGCCGACCUGCAGUUGCCCAGAUGCGAGAAAUGGCAAUCAAUGCAAGCACAUCUGUUACGUCCUAGCGAAGGUCCUAAAAGCUCCCGCCGAGCUACAAUACCAACUAGCUUUCUUAUCAUCCGAAAUCCGUGAGAUCUACGACAACUCCCCGCUCCGCAAUGUGAAAGACAAGGUCGAGGACCAUGAAACAGAUGGCAAUCGCAAGCCUGUGGAAGGAGAGUGUCCAAUCUGCUUCAUGGAGUUCAACCCAAGCGAGGAAGAAAUCGUUUGGUGCCGCGCAGCCUGCGGCAACAACAUUCACAAGACGUGCUUUCAGCAAUGGGCGGCGACGCAAAAUGCCCAGGGUGUCCGCUGUGUUUACUGUCGCUCACCCUGGGAAAACCAAGAAAUUGAUUGCAAACCUGACAUGAGCCUGGAGCAACUCGUGGGCGAGGGUCAAGUAGGAGAAGACGGGUAUGUCAAUGUGGCAAGACAAGUAGGCUUAUCUGGUGAACGUGGUACGAAGCCGUCCCUACUAUUCAAGUUAUCAUCAGCACUGGGUGCGCCGGCACUUAUCUUAUUCUGCCUGGCGUGAGUACGAUGACGAACUGGAGGAGGAAGUGGAUUGACGUGUUCUUCGCAACUCCGUCUCCAUAAUCUUCCUUGGGGUCAUAAGAUUACGUUACAAGCGGCGUUUAACUGGGAGAUGGAAUAGGUUUAGGGUCAUCUUUGUAUUGGUCUAGUAAUCUUUGGCGUUCGGCUGCCUUAUACCCUACCUAGUUGAGUAUUAUCGGCCUCUUAAUCCAUCAUUAUUGAGAUAAAAUUUGCGGGCGAUAUUUG